CGUUCAUUGGGGUAGUGUCUCAUCGUCGACAUCACCAUGUUUCCUUUCUGCUUUGCUCUUUUUGCGUCUCUGCCGCUCGUUUUGGCAGGCGCCCACGCUCCUUUGAACCUCUCCGGAUCCGUCGCUGCCACAGUCUCCCUGUCGAGCAGUGCCGAAACUUCUCCGGCUUCUUACCCGUCCAAGCAAUGCGUCCGCGACAAGUGUUCUCGUCAGGUCGCUGAUGGACUUCGAUAUGGCGCCUCCGCCCAUUCUUCUGACUGCGCCGCCCUGUUCGAGACAGUUACCGUGACUCCUUCCGCAAAAACCACCACUGUGACUGUGACCUCGGCGGCCGCCGCAAUCACUGUCACCUCAUCAGUCUCCACCAGCACCGUCACUGAUGCCACUGCAUCGUUCACUACCACCGAUACUACUAUCAUCAACACUGCCGUGAUUGCCAGCACCGACUCCACGACGACGACGACAGUAAUUCCCACCACCGUCGUUGUCACUGCUACUGAGACUGUCACCGCUGCAAGUACCGUCUCCGCCGCAUAUGGCAAGCGAGGCGAAGCUACAACACCAGUGCCUCAAUGGGCUUGUGACUGCCCCGACAACUCCCGCCUCUCCAGUGCAUGCGCCUGCGCCGGUUUCUCGCCUCAAACUGUCACUGCUUCGGCAUCGAUGGUGACUGUUACGGUGACCGCUGCGGCCGCGACUUCUACGGACUUUGUCGUCGGUCAGACCGUUGUUGGUGCUACUGUCACGGUAACGUUGCGCACUUCAGCGAUCGAGACCGUCACUUCCACUAGCAUCACCUCCACCACCUCGACCGUCGUCGCAGUGCCGACUGUCAGCUCAUCUACGACUACAACCGCUACCGUCGGCGCGAUUCCUACCGGAGGCGUCAUCGGCUACUGUGCGGACGGAACCGUUGUAGAUGGAAAUAGUACGCCAGCGCAGGGACCUAGCGCCGAAGUUCGACCUUUCCGUAUCGAGGGCAAGGACUCUACCCUCUUUGAGGGCUUCAUUCGUUCCGGACCUCAGUUCAUCACCACCCCCUCGGGCGGCACUCACCUCUGUGAUGGAACCAAUAACAACGCCAACCCCGCGCCGAUCGUUACGCCCACCGACAUGAUCGCCGACGCCGGCCGUCUUUGCAAUUUUGGGUUCGAUGGCACCUACAGCAAUACAUUCCAGGACUUCUUCAUCACUCGGAUUGGCGACUCUGAUUCCAACGACGGAAGCAACAGAUUCUGGGGCGUCCUUGACAAUCUCCAGUUUACUCCUGCCGGUGGCUGCGAAACCGGCGCCUUCCCAGGCUCUAGCAUUCUCUGGGCCUAUGAUGCCUUCAACGCGGAAGCCUUCCUCAGCGUUUCGCCCGCCUCUGUAACCCUUUCGCCCGGCCAGCUCACUGUAUUCACCGUCGUGGAUGGCGCGACGGGCAACCCUCGUGCCGGCGCCUCCAUCUUUGACGGCAUGAUCUCCAACGCGAAUGGUCAGGUCGCAUAUAGCGUACCGGCCGGCACCCCUUCAGGUACCUACCGUUACAAGGCUACUCAGGCGAACACCAUUCGCAGCAAUGCUGUCGUCAUCACCGUCGUGGCGCCAUAGAUGCGAGAGAUAAGCUGGACGCAGUUUUUCUGCCUGCAUUGAUCCUGGGCUGGACACGCCGAGUGGGCAACGCCGCAGGAUCACAUAGAGUUAAUUUGUUGGAGAAAGUAUGCCUGGCUUCGGAGGACGGGAGGACGCGUUCCUGGUAGCGGCUCGAGAUGGGUUUUCGUACUUCGUUUCUUCCAAGAAUUCCUUCGUGGACAUUCA